AACACAAAUCUUUUUUAUUAUGUGGCCCACCUGGAUCUGGAAAAAAAAUGAUGUUAAUUAGUGCCAUUAAACAAUUGCCAAUUAUGAAAGUCGUCAGUCUUAAUUUUUCUAACGUUACUACACCCGAAUCGAUUUUAAAAAUAUUUGAUCAAUAUUGUGAAUAUCAUGAGACCCCAAAUGGUGAUAUUUUGUCACCCAUAGCCAUUGGUUACAGGCUUGUAAUAAUUUGUAAUGAAAUCAAUCUUUCUGUAACCGAUCAUUAUGGUACUCAAAGCGUGAUCUCUUUUUUAAGACAAUUGAUUGAAUAUGGUGGUUAUUGGAGAAUGUCAGAUAAAGCAUGGGUCAAGUUGGAACGAAUACAAUUCGUUGGAGUUUGUAAUCCUCCAACUGACCUUUACCGUGCGCCGCUACCUCACAGAUACCUUCGUAACACCCCAUUAAUUAUAAUUGAUUAUCCUGAUGAAAUUUCACUUAAUCAGAUUUAUGGAACCUUUGCUCAUGCCAUGUUAAAAGUUGUUCCUUCACUUAAAGAAUAUGCUGAACCACUGACAGCUUCGAUGGUUGAAUUUUAUUUAAUGAUUAAAAAACGGUUUACUCCAGAGAUUCAAUCCCAUUAUAAUUACUCUCCUC